AUGUCCGUCAACUCCGGCAACAUCGAAUACUAUGCCGCAAGCAUCGCUUUAUCUCGCCACAGCGUCCUCCGCUGGCGACGCUCCGUUGCUCUGGCGCUCGCACUCCAAUGCCCAUUACCCGUGCUCCGGCCCACUAUGCUGGGCAUGUUGGACUGGAGCAGAACACUCAAGAGAAUGGAGAUGGCGUUUCCGAAGAAGAGAGGGCCGGCUGCGUGGUGUGAGGGAGCGGAUGGCGCUCCACCUCCCGUUUACUGGGACGACUCGGACGAUGGUAUUGACCCACGAGCAAGCGCAUAG